AUGUUACGGCUGGUGUCGUCGGCGUCGAAGCCCACCUCAGUGGGUAUUUUGACUAAAGUCGUCGCCCCGUCUUGUUCGUCACUUGCAGGGCGAAGAUCAUUUGCUUCCACGUCAGCACGACAGGCGGAUAUUACGUUGACUGUAGAUGGGAAGGAGGUUACGGUACCUCAAGGUUCGGCCUUGAUACAAGCAUGUGAGGCCGCUGGUGCCACAAUUCCGCGCUUUUGCUAUCAUGACCGACUAGCUAUCGCCGGAAACUGUCGUAUGUGUUUGGUUGAGGUCGAACGAUCACCAAAACCCGUCGCAUCAUGUGCCAUGCCCGCCAUGCCAGGUGCAAAGGUAUUUACGAACACUCCCCUUGUUCACGAAGCUAGAGAGGGUGUCAUGGAGUUCCUAUUGGCCAAUCACCCUCUUGAUUGUCCUAUCUGUGAUCAGGGCGGUGAAUGCGACUUGCAGGAUCAGUCAAUGCGUUACGGCGCAGACCGUACGCGUUUCCACGAGAUUACUGGCAAGCGCGCAGUCGAAAAUAAGGAUCUGGGACCCCUAGUGAAGACAUCCAUGAACCGGUGUAUCCAAUGCACACGAUGUGUGCGUUUCGCGAACGAAGUUGCGGGUGUAGAGGAGCUUGGCACCACUGGUCGUGGAAACGAUAUGCAGAUCGGGAUGUAUGUGGAGAAGACGAUGGACUCGGAGCUAUCCGGAAAUGUUGUUGACCUCUGUCCUGUCGGUGCGCUCACAAGCAAGCCGUACGCAUUUCACGCCAGACCAUGGGAGCUGAAGCACACAGACUCGAUCGACGUUAUGGAUGCAGUGGGUUCUAACAUUCGCGUGGAUUCACGCGGGGUUCAAGUCAUGCGCAUCCAACCCCGUCCAAAUGACGACGUCAACGAGGAAUGGAUCAGUGACAAGACUCGCUACGCUCACGACGGCCUUCGAUUCCAACGCCUGACGAAUCCUCUCAUCAAACAGGGUGACCGGUUUGUUGCUGCGUCGUGGGAAGACGCGUUGUCUGCCAUCGCUAGCGGGCUUGCUAAGUCUGGAGCUCAAGGAGAUGAAAUCCAAGCGGUUGCUGGUCACUUAGCAGACACAGAGGCAAUGGUUGCUCUCAAAGAUAUGAUCAACCGUCUUGGCUCCGACAACCUGACACUCGAUUCAGUAGGUGGCCAUGCCGCUCCCGUGCACGCCGUAGACGUCCGAUCGAAUUACCUUUUCAACUCGACGAUUCCGGGUGUUGAGCAGGCGGAUGCUAUUCUCUUGGUCGGAAGUAACCCUCGUCAUGAGGCUGCGGUGCUCAACUCGCGAAUUCGCAAGAGCUGGCUGCACACUUCCCUUGAGGUUGGUUUGAUUGGCGAACGCGUGGACACUGCGUAUGGCUACGAUUAUCUGGGCGCGGACGCAAAGGCGGUCGCGGAUUUCGUUGCCGGCAAGGGUCCUUUUGCGGAGAAAUUUAAGGCGGCCAAGAAGCCUUUGAUCAUCAUUGGGAGUGCGUUGGCUGAGCACCCAGACGGUGCGGCGGUCUAUAAUGCUCUGGCUAAGUUUGUGGAGAAGAACAAGAGCACCCUUUUGACUCCGGAAUGGAACGGCUUCAGCGUUCUUCAGAGGGCAACGUACGAAGUUGGCUUCGUCUCUUCCAGGAAAGCAUCCUCUGUCAAGCCAAAAUUCAUCUAUCUACUAAACGCGGAUGAGGUCGACCCGAAGUCAAUCCCUCGUGAUGCCUUCGUUGUCUAUCAGGGCCACCACGGUGACCUCGGAGCGCAGCUCGCAGAUGUCUGUCUUCCCGCGUCGGCAUACACAGAGAAGUCGACGACGUGGGUUAACACGGAAGGUCGCUCGCAGCUUGGUCGCGCAGCCGUUCCACCUCCGGGUGCAUCGCGUGAGGAUUGGAAGAUUAUCCGAGCUCUCUCUGAGGUUGUGAAUACGCCUUUGCCAUAUGACGACGUCCUCAGUUUGCGUGAUCGCAUGUGGGAAAUCUCGCCCACCCUGGUUCGCUAUGAUACAGUCGAGUCCACAUCAGUCGAAGUGGCCCUUGCCGGGUUGAAGACAUUGGCCGCUGCAACUGCAAGUGCGAAGGUGUCGGGCACACCCUUUGUCAAGCCGAUUAACAAUUUUUAUCAAACCGACCCUAUAUCUCGAGCAUCUGUCACCAUGGCUCAAUGCACGCGUGCCUUCGUCAAAGGGGAAAACUAUGGCUUCAGUGAAUUGUCCAGUGCUUCGGAGGCGGCGUAUGCGUAG